GAAUCGCACCUCCCAGUGGAUGGUUUACAAUCCAAUUGAUUGGCACAAUCAGAAUAUAUAUACUAGUAUAUUGAUAAAGUGACGGAUUCAAGUUUCGAUCAUGGCUGAGGAGUCCUGCAAUAUACAAAAUGUAACUGCAUCUGAACAAUUGCAGGUUGUGCGUGAAAAGCUGCAAAAGUUUCAGAUGAAAAUGUUGUCAGACUUUGAGCAGCGCAUAUCCUGCAUGAUCGAGGAUGUCCUGCAGGAUAUACGGCAACAGGAGCUGCGUGCGCACGAGUUUCGUCAGUUCGAUAAGCACAAAGGGGGCAGCGGAGGAAACAGAGGAAACAAUUCAGGCGCCACUUGGCACAAUCGGAAGCAGCAAACAUCUGCGAUAUUACCAAAUGACUCUGAUGUCAGCGAUUGUCCAAAUGGGUCAGCGGAUGUCCAAAAAGAGCCAAAGCAACAACAAAGGGAACAUAAACAACGACGUCAACUGCCGGAUAAGGUGUUUGUAGCCCGCGAAUCGUAUUUGACGGCGCUGCUGCAGGUGGAGCACAUGCGCACCAUCUAUCAUAUAUUCUACAUUAUUCUGGUCAUGCUUCUGCUCAAUGUUGUUUGCCAUGACUACUUCGCCGAGGGUCGCUUCAAACUAGGGCUGGGCACGUUUCGCGGAGGACUCCAACGCCUGCACUGGGUGAUGGGAGUCUGGCUGCUGGAGCACGUCUUUGUCCUGGCCUUGUACUAUGCCUUCCAGGGUUGGGCACUGGUGCGCGCCAAACUGCAAUCUCACAAUUCCGUGCAACGCUUUUGGUCGCACAGCUGCCUGAUCAUGUACAUAAGUGCCCAGCUGGUCUUUGGCUAUGUGUCGACCUCGUUGUGCCUCAAGUUCCGGUUGCCCUUUGUCAGUGCCUGUGUGCUGCUCCUGGAGAGCACUCGCCUGCUGAUGAAGAUGCACGCCUUUGUGCGCUACAAUGCGGAGAGAGUGCUGGCGGGCAAGCAGAAGACGGAUGACCAUGACAAGCAGACAGCCUCUCAGGGACGCCCCUUUGUGCCGCCCCUACAUUGCUAUGCCUACUUCCUCUUCGCUCCCACACUAAUCUACAGGGAUAGCUAUCCCCGCACAGCCCACAUCCGUUGGAAGUUUGCGCUGAGUCGUCUGCUCGAGAUGGUUGCCGUUGCCUUUCUCUAUGCCUUCAUCCAUGAGCGCCACAUCUUCGUGCACUUUGGACAGUUUGGCAAGGAAUCGCUGGAUGCACCUCAAUUAAUUGUCAAGCUCUUUGGCAUGAUGCUGCCGUGUGCAAUGAUAUUCCUGUGCGGCUUCUAUAUGAUUCUGCACUCGUGGCUGAAUUUCACAUCGGAGCUACUGCGCUUCGGGGAUCGUAUGUUCUACAAGGAUUGGUGGACGUCGCACACCUACGACAGUUACUAUCGCAACUGGAAUGUCGUGGUGCAUGACUGGCUCUAUGAAUAUAUCUACAGAGAUGUCUACACACACAUAUUCAAGGGCUCCAAGCUGGCGUCCUCGUUGCUGGUGUUCAUGAUAUCGGCGUUGGUGCAUGAACAGGUUCUGGGAUUUGCACUCCAAGUCUUCUUUCCCGUCAUGUUUGUGUUCUUCGGGGUUGUGGGCGUGUCCUUGGUGUUCAUUAUGCGAAGUGCGCCUAAAACACUGGGCAACAUCUUCCUAUGGUUCUCCCUCAUCCUGGGCAAUGGCAUUCUCAUCUCACUCUAUGCCAUGGAGUAUUAUGCGAAACGCAACUGUGAUCUGCCCUACGAAAGUUGGUCGGAUUACCUAAAGCCCGCAAUGUGGCGUUGUUAUCAUUAAAAACAUGGCUCAUCGGAUUAUACUCGAACUACUUUUAAUUUGUACACUUUGGCGUACGUUUUAUAUUUUAAGUGAAUAAAUCUAAUGUACAAAUCUU